AUGUACGAUGCUAAUUAUAAGCAUUUUUAUGUUUAUUUCGUUGACGGGCCAAAUGAAACCAGGACUGAUGUACUAAAAAGGCAUGAUUCAAUUAUCAAAGAAGUUUAUUCUGCUGUUCAACAACUUGCCUCUGGCCCUGUUGUGGCAUUGUAUACCGGCAAAACGAAUCCGAUCAAGAUUCAAAGGGUAGGAGUCGCGCCGUUAAAACGACAUGUUACUUCUCCGAAUCCAGGUGUAAUAGUAGAAAGUAGGGGUGCAUUAUUUCGUUUUAUUGGUGUGUACAGUUCAACUGCAAGCCGUUAUGCAAGGUUCAGUCAGAUCCCGGUUGUAGAGGAAGAGACCUGGACGCAAAGGCAACUGUCCACGAAAGUCGCCUACAGUGAUUUUGAUUUGCAGUUCAACUUCUCGUUCAAAAAUGACGGCUGGACUGUGGAUAACGUGGCCCUCCUCGAAGGCGGCGAGGAGGUGGGGCAUUCGGAGAUGGGUGUAGGAGCACCCUGGGACUGGUCAUACGUGUGCAGCGAGCCGUUGGUGGUGAUCAAUACGCGAGACGGCAGUGCGGUCACUAUCUCUCAUUACCAGAUUCAACCUUUUCAGCGAAGCGGACGCUCUGACUACAAUGAGGAUUGGUCCGACUUCAUCAGGGCGGAUGAAGGCGAUGCGGCUGCAGCUUCAGAGAAACCCCCUCCAACCGAUCCUAAUCCCAAACCCCAACCAGCACCCGAUAAAGUCGCGCCAAACACACCGAAAAGUUUCGGUAAAUCGGUGAAUUGCGGACCGUAUUUCAACUCGGUUAUCCUUGCGGGACUCUUCGUCACGUUUAUAUGUCUCGGUAUUCUCGCGUGUGCGGUGACCGCUGUUUACAAUUGUCACUCGAAUGACAAGUAUGACGAUCCACAGGGCAAGGCGUUAACAAUUACCGGCGAGCGUAGGCAUUGA